AACCCAGAGAAUCUAUCGCUUGCCAGCCAGCCUACGUCAACCCCUCUCCUCCUACGUCUAUUCUACAUACCACAGUCACCAUGGGUGGAGGCGGAAAGAUCCCGUAUCCCAAGGAAGUCUGGUCUCCCGCCGGAGGCUGGUACGCUCAGCCCGCGAACUGGAGGCUCAACACUGCCAUCAUCGGCGCGGCUGCCCUUGGAAUUGUUGCUGCCGUCUGGAGCAUCAGCGCCGACCGUGAGCACCGCGAUAAGAUGCCGGAGCCCGGCAGAUUCUUCCCCAGUCGCUACUGGAGCAGGGAAAUCAUUGAGCACGAAAGACAACAAGCGGCGAAGAACCAGUCAUAGAACGGCAGUGUGAUGACGAGCAGAGGGGAAAAGGCAACCGUGGAGGAUUUCUAUGGCAUGAUCGGUUUUUGUUUCAUAAUCCUGUGGGCUGUACGACAAUAGAAGGGCGUUCUUCAAUCGGUCAGUUGAUCUUGAUCUGAAAGUGCUUCUGAGGAGACUCUUCGAAUGUUCGAUACAGGCGCUGUGUGUACAGACGGACCCGUUCCGUGAACUCAGUUUCGUUCCAAAGCUCCCUCCCAUCGCUAGAUGUAGAUAUGUGAGGCACCCCGAUCUGCUCCACCACGAAACUGGCUGCGACAGUAGCGAAGAUCAAGGCAGCCAGGAUAUGAUCAUGCUUUGAACCAGCUUUCACUGCCUUCUGCCACGUCGUAGACUCCGCGAGAACCGAGUCGAUAA